AUGGUUCUUACUCGAGUAACUUCCAGAUUGAUCAGAAGUCGGCUGAUAUUUUUUGAAAGGGCGCGUUCAUAUGCCUCAGAAAAAGCCCAAGAAGAAAAUUCUUCUACGAGUAUUCAAGUUUGUACUGAAUUCUAUCAAAAUGACUACAAUUUGAGGAUAGGGAUGGGUGACAAACGUUCAGAAAAGAGGAAAAAUGGUGUUUGUGAAGGUUGACGAUGGAGUUUCUCCAAAGCACGUGCAGCUGGUUUUUUCGAAAGAAAAAGAUGUCAAUGGUAGUAAGAAAAAAGCAAGAGAACCGAGAAAAUGAGUUUUUGAACAGUGACGGUCGGCAGCGCCCUGAAGGCGUCGGGAAGCUGGCAGAAAAGCCUGGGAGCGCAGCAAGAGAUGGACUUUUUCGUGGAGGAACUCGACGUCCUCUCUCGCGAUUCGAACGUUUGUGUUUUUCGCCCAACAAAUUGUCCUUCGCUUUCUGCUCUUUGACUUUGUUUGAUUGCAGCCGCGCUACGACACGCUAUCCGCCGACAAUCUCCGGAAAAAUGUGAAUAAUUUAGGAGGGAAUUAGAGAAGAUUGACGGUUCAGGUGCACUUGCGAGCUCGUUCUCAGGGAUUCGCCGCUUUGGUCAAGGCGCGGUCGAGGGUUUUCAGCCAAACCCACAAUUUUUUCAUGGUUUUAUAUAUUCGAUGGUGGUUCUCUCAUUAUUUGAGAUGUAGAAUCGUGAUUUCGUCCACAUCGACACUCCGAUGUUCACGAGAAACGAUUGCGAGAGUGGCGGCGAAGUUUUCACCGUGGCUGAUAGUUUGUUGAAAAUUCAGACAUUCCGUGAUUAUUUGAUUUUUGGCAACGAGAAAGACGAAACCCUGUACCUCACUGUGAGCUCGCAGCUCCAUUUGGAGGCCAUGUGCAGGUGAACUUUUUUUCACAGCGAAAUUUAGACUUCCGUCGGAAAGAGAAUAAUUUUUUUGUAUUUUUUUAAUCUUUGAUUUUUUUACCUUGGCAGAAAUUUUUAAAAAAAUUGAAAGAAAUUUUUCGAAAAAAUUCCACUACGGCUAGCGAAACAGUGCGCAAGAAUGAUAAAGCACAAAGAAGUUUAAAUUAUUGAAUUCAAAAAAAUUUCUUUGGCUCGAAAAAAAGUAUUUUUCGAAAGAAAAAAAAGUUUAUCCUGCAGUUUAAUCACCAUUCCACUAAUUCAAAUUAGUUCAGCCGCAUCCCCAAAGUUUACACGUUGAGUCCAGCGUUUCGAGCCGAAAAACAACAGAGCCACGCCCAUCUUUGCGAAUUUCGGAUGCUUGAAGCUGAACUGGCAUUCUGCGAUGUUAAUGAACUCUGAAAACCUGGAAAAUGGCUAGAAAUCUUCAGGAUGUCGAAACGAUUUGCGAUUUAGUGGAGCAAUACGUCAAAGAAAUGAUUUCUUUCACAGUUGGAGAAGCUCAUUUGCAAAGAUACAUCUCCGAAAUGACAGUUCUUCGAGUUUCCAUCAGUUCAUCAUGCGUUUCUCACUCCUUGGCUUAGGAUUCUCACGACUUUUCGAGAUUGGAAGAUUACUUGAAAAGGCCCUGGCCUCGGAUAAGGUACGAUAAAGCUGUUGAGUGUUUGAAGGAACUUGGCGAGAAGUUGUCCCCAAAUGGAGGAAUCAACAAGAAAAACGAGCUGCGUCUGGUUUUCUUUUUGCUGAAAUGAAGAAAAUAAAAACAAUGUUAAGGUCGAUCAUCAUGGCUCUCCAGUUUUCGUGACGCAUUAUCCGGCCAAUCAAAAACCGCCCUACAUGAAACAAAACGAAAAUCAGGAGGUGAACUAUUUUUGUGGUGAUUUCAAGAGUCUCCAGAGAAGCUUCAAUUUUAAAAAAAAUUUAUUAAUUUUUUUGAAAAAAAUUCCUACAAUAUUACUCAAGAAAAAGGAUAUUGAUUUUUCUUAAAUUUAGAAUCUAAGCAUUUCUGAAAUCAAAUGGCUUUGAUUCUAUAACCUGAGCAAUAAGUAUCUAACUUUUAUUUUCUCUCAGACUCUCUCCUUCGAUCUUCUCUGCCCAGUGGUUGGCGAACUUGCUGGCGGGUCUGUACGUGAAAGCGACGUUGAAGAGCUCCGGAAAAGAGGCUUCGAUAUUGACUGGUCCCUUUUCCAUUGAUCCAUGUUGGAAUUCCGUAUUUCAGGUACCUGGAAUGCCGACAACGUGGUCAGCCUGUCUCCGCAGGCUUCGGAAUAGGAUUUGAACGACUGCUGCAAUUCCUCUUCUCUAUUAGAAAUAUCAAAGAUACUAUCCCGUUUCCCCGCUGGUAUAAACAUUGUCAGUGCUAGUCUGAAUAAAAUAUUUCUAUAUUUUCUUGAAUAUUCCUAUUUUUGUUGGUACUAUCCAUCAAUAUUUUCCAUCAAUGUUUGGCCCAUUACCAUUCUAUUUCAGCCUUUCAUCUCUCAGAGACAUGGUUAAAGUCAAGAACCGUUAUUUUCUCCUACAGCUGAUUUUCAAUGACGGCGUCGAGAAAGAUAUCCAUCCAGGAGAAGUAUCAUCCAACCAGAUUCCAUGAUAGUUUUGAAAGUUUCAGAUUUUCAAAGAAGUCAUGAAACUGGCGACGGAUAUGUUUGGCGAUUUGGGAAACGCGGCAUUGCGGUCUAGUUUGAUGGUAAAAAAAAAUGUUGCAAUGAAAGAAAAUAGAUCGAAAUUUCAGGUUAAAGUGGCGGAUGGAGAUGUUUUCGUCCUACGAGUAGAAUCUUCAUCAGAAAAGUUUUAUUUUUACACUUUUCGGCUCAAUUUAUCCUUCGUAUUUAGGUACGUCGCAGCGGCUCUUCCUCUUGUGUUGAAAAUUUCUUCUCAACCUCUAGUCGUUCGCACUUUAUUCAUAGGUUACUUCAUGAAUCCAUGAUUUUGUGCAAAUACCUCUCUUCGAUAUUUCGAAAGAAGCUCAAGUCACAACGGUCUUGAGGCGAAGAGUAGUAUUGCGUAUUUUUAAAGUCAAUCAAUAUUACAACUUUCAAAAAAGCAAAUUCAUUGAAAAAGACCCCAAUAAAAAAAAAUUGAAUACUGAAGUUAGAAGAUCUUGAUUUGCCAUAGCUUGAAUGUAAUCAAGAGAUUUUCAGUUUUCAGUUAAUUCUUUCAUUUUUUUCUCACUUUUUCACACGCUGUUUCAUAAUGAAUAGUCUGUAGAAAAACUUCUAAUAAUUGGAGCUGAAUAAUUUCGAUAUAGUUGUACUAUCAAAUUUGCAAUAAAAAUUGUUCUCAUAGUUUUCUAAAUAGUUCAGGCCGGAGUAUGCGCGCCUGUGAGAAACGAUUACUCAGCUUCCGGCGGAACGAACUUUAUGAUCUUCUACGCUCCUGUGACAAUGAAGGUUUUUUCUCCUAUAAUGGUUUUUCUUCAGUUUAAAAAAAACUUCCAGCGGAAAGAAAAGUCGUCUUGAACGCGCUGGAAAAAGUCUCGGGUAGAAUUAACAUCGAAGGAUUGUUUUAACUCAUUUGUAAUUACCUUGUUACGUUGAAUGUUUCUGUUAUGUAUAAAUUGUUGAUCUGUCAGUUCUUAUCACGAAAAAAGCAGUUCCGAUAGUUCAAACUGUAAACGGCCACAUAUGUUUUUUCGCACUGAAGCUGCCUUCGACCAACCAAAUUGGACUACGUCGUAGCGAGGAACGCUUUCCAGUCCCCUUAUCAAUUUCUCCGUUUUCCACUGUUGAUCAUCAAUUGCCUAUUGACAUUCCUACCACUUUUAACCUCUUCGCAAAAGAUGAGCAUCGACGAAAAGUUCGAAGCGGCGGUGUUCAUCGUGCAGAAUCUGCCGAAGGAAGGUCUCAAAAGAGAUAUAUUUGUUCUCUUUGAUGAAUUGGUGUUCAGGAGACGUGAAAACGAGUAUCAAUGAGAAGCUUUCCUUUCUACGGGUUGUACAAACAGGCGACGGUUGGCAAAUGCAACGUCGGCAAGCCUGGUUUCUUGGAACGUCGCAGAAGGCUACAAAUGGUAGGUUUAUGGAGAAAGGGAACUGAUGAAUCGGGAUGGAUAGGGACGCCUGGCACAAACUGGGCGACAUGAGCAGCGACGAGGCCAAGGAGACGUAUUUGGAGAAACUUCGCGAAAAGAUUGAACUCACACAGGAGAACUUUGAGACUUCGGUGCGGUUGACCUGUAUAUUUUGGUGAAGUCGCUGUUUGCUUAUAGGAAAAAUUGUAAUGAAAGGACUUUCAGCGAAAAAAUGCGCGAAGAAUAGCUUUAGUUGCCUCUGAAAGUUUAUUUUUCAUUCGAAAACGCUGACCGGGUUGUUGAAAGCCGAUUAAGGCGUUUUUAACGAUUUUUUAAGCCCAGCACAAAGAUUUUUAUUAGGAUAUUUCAGACCUUUGAACGGAAGCGUUCAUGAAAGGUCAUAACUUGAAAAAAGGUUUUCGGAAGCGCAUUCCAAAACUUUUGGGCUUGCCUUUCUAUAUAUAAUUCGACUAUUUUUUUGACCUUAUUCUCUCAAAAAAACCUUUUCAAAUUCUUUUUUUCAUGAAUCAUGAUUUUUUUAUUCAACAGUAAGGUAAAAAAAUAAAUUUUUAAAGAUACUCUACUUGAAAUUUUUGGAACUUUGCAAAGGUAUGCUCGACUUUUUGGAACCUACUGGUCGACAUAUAUGAAAGAGCUUCAAGGUUUUUGAUUCAGAAAAUUUCGAAAAAAGAAGUUACACUGUUAAGGAGAGAGACUUAAAAGAACAAUGUUUCAGAGUUGGAUGGGCGGAGAAGUCUAUGAGAAGCUCCAGCCGAAGUUUGCGUUUCUCGGUUUCUUUGACAAGAAGAACAAUGAGACAGACAGGAAAGAAGUAGAAAAAGAAGCUCGUCUUGAACCUUCCACAAAUCAAACCGAGCAAACUGCCGCUUCGAAUUCCUCGACGCCUUUGUCCGACAAUGAAUAUGUGGACGCCGUUGAAGACGAAGAAUUGUCCGUUUCCAGGUGAUUCUCAACUUGAAGCGCUUCUGAAGACUAUUUUAAGGUCUUCAUCGUUUGUCGAGCCUUCCAGAAAACGGCACGCCUCUUCGCUUCGAGUUUCCUGUGCAAGGUUUGACCUAUCUAUUUUUUUGCUUCAAAAAUAUCUAUUAAUGUUGGCUAUAAUUGUUUAACAUCAAUAUUCGAUGAACUUUUGCUGAUUUUUUUUUUCGAGAGAAAAACUCCUUUGAAAAAGAUUUUCAAGUUUUCGGAGAUGUCAAGUCCCAUACUUCUCUUUUCUGCAACUGAAGCCAGGAAUCAUUUGUUCCAACCUGAAAAAAGUCGCUUCGCGAACAAUAAUGUAUAUGAAGCAUUGUGGCUGCAUUUUCUCCGUCUGAAACAACUUGUUUCGCCGGGCUUUUGUUACUAAUUGGGACAUUACUGCAAAAAGCGUUGGCCAUUCCAUUCCAUUUCGUUCUCUUUUUUCGCUUCAAGGCCGCUCCCAAAGAUUGAGGAGGCCAUUAGUGACGGUUUCUGAACCUAUCAUAAUUGAAUGACCUUUUUCCAUCAACAGUUUUUUUUUCAGAGUGGAAAAAGAGCUGAAAAUGAUCCACGAACAGAUUGAAAAGCUUGGAAAAGCGGUGGAAGAGCGCCACAAUUUGCUCGUUUCACUUUUCAAGAAAUGCGUUAGUUCAUUGGACGAAUCAAUAAGGGUUAGCAUCAUUUUUCAAAUUCAGAGUGUUUAUCUUCUGGUGCCACAGAAACUCUCCUGGAAAACUGUCAUUUUCUUCAUCGUCUGGCCAUUUUUCGCAAACUUUCUUCUUCGAUACUUUAAACGACUAUUCGCUUGA